AUGAAAUAUAUCAUUGUAACCGGAGGAGUGAUCUCGGGGAUCGGGAAGGGCACCUUGGCCUCUUCGACUGGGUUGCUCCUCAAGAUGCUCGGCCUGCGCGUCACGGCCAUCAAGAUCGAUCCUUACCUUAAUCUCGACGCGGGCACGAUGUCACCCACCGAACAUGGCGAGGUGUACGUGCUGGAUGACGGAGGAGAGGCGGACCUGGAUCUGGGGAACUACGAGCGGUACCUGGACGUGACCCUGACCAGGGAACACAACAUCACGACGGGCAAGAUCUACAGCGAAGUGAUCUCGAAGGAGCGGCGGGGAGACUUCCUCGGUAAGACCGUCCAGGUGAUCCCCCAUCUGACCGAUGCGAUCCAGGACUGGGUCGAAAGGGUCAGUAAGAUCCCCGUGGACGAGGACGGAGAAGAACCGGAUGUCUGUAUCGUCGAACUUGGAGGAACGGUGGGGGAUAUCGAAAGUGCGCCGUUCGUCGAGGCUAUGCGCCAGUUUCAAUUUCGGGUGGGGACGGAGAACUUUGCCCUGAUGCACGUCUCGCUGGUGCCUGUGAUCCACGGGGAGCAGAAGACGAAGCCGACGCAGUCCUCGGUCCGGGACCUGCGAGGGCUCGGGCUGACGCCGGACCUGAUCGCGGCCCGCUGCGCCGAGCCGCUCGAGCGGGCCGUGGCGUCGAAGAUCAGCAUGUUCUGCCACGUGGGGCCGGACCAGGUGGUGGCCUGUCACGACGUGGCUAGCGUCUACCAUGUCCCCCUCUUCCUCAAGGAACAGGGGCUAAUGCGCUUCCUCUCCCAACGACUCAACCUGGGCGAGAUCAGCGUGAGCGAGGGCGGACCUCGACAGAAACGGGGCAACGAGCUCCAUGCUCGAUGGAAUAACCUGACCGCAUCAUACGAUCAUACGUUUGGCUCGUUGAAUAUCGUGCUAGUUGGGAAGUACGUGAGCUUGAAAGACUCGUACAUGUCGGUGAUCAAGUCGCUGGAGCAUGCGAGCUUGCGCGUGGGCAAGAAGCUCAAUCUGCAGUGGGUAGACUCUGAACAUCUGGAGAAGAAGGGCGUGGAGACGAAGGAGUAUCACGCGGCGUGGGUUGCGGUCUGUUCAGCUGAGGGGAUCCUGAUCCCUGGCGGGUUCGGUGUCCGUGGGACGGAGGGGAUGAUCGCGGCGGCGAAGUGGGCGCGCGAGAAGCGUGUUCCGUUCUUGGGGAUCUGUCUUGGCUUCCAGAUCGCCGUUCUGGAAUGGGCUCGGAAUGUGUGCGGGCUGAGCGCUGCCCAGUCGACCGAGUUGGACGAGGAUACGCGCGAGCCUGUGAUCAUCUACAUGCCCGAGAUCUCGAAGACGCAGAUGGGGGGGACGAUGCGCCUGGGGCUGCGUGCGACGGCGUUCGAGGCGGACACGGCAUGGUCGGCGAUCAAGGCGAUCUACGGUGGGCGUGAUCGUAUUUGGGAGCGGCACCGGCACCGGUACGAGGUGAACCCGGAGUACGUGGGCCGGCUGGAGCGGGAUGGCUGGCGGUUUACUGGGAAGGACUCGAAGGGCGUGCGGAUGCAGGCCCACCCGGAGUUCUGUACGCGGCCGCUGAACCCCUCCCCGGCCUACCUGGGCUUCCUGGCGGCGGCGUGUGGGCCGAGUUUCCUGGCGGAGCAGAUCGAGCGGCAGCGGGAGGGCUACGUGCCGCCGCACCCGGCCGGGCGGCUUGUGGCCGUGACGCCGACGCUGGGCGCGAGUCGGGCGGACGGCCUGCUCUCGCCGGGGGCUGCUGCAGUGGUGGAUGAGACGAAGGUGCUGGUGGCGGAGGGAUGA